GUAUCCCUGCUGUUAAAAUCCUUAUGCCUGCUUUAUCACCUACAAUGGAAGAAGGAAAUAUAGUGAAAUGGCUGAAAACAGAAGGAGAAACGGUGAAUGUUGGAGAUGCCCUAUGUGAAAUUGAAACAGAUAAAGCAGUGGUCACAAUGGAAUCAAGUGAUGAUGGCAUAUUAGCUAAAAUAAUGAAGGAAGAGGGAAGUAAAAAUGUGCGCUUAGGUACACUAAUUGGUUUGCUAGUAGAAGAAGGACAAGACUGGAAGCAAGUUGAUAUACCAAGUGAUGCAUCCUCUGAGCCUGUGACAUCAUCAGCAUCAACAGCCUCUUCCCCAACUCUCCCAUUAGCUCAUAAAAUAGAAGAGCACCAUGGAAAAGAACAGUUUCGCUUAAGUCCUGCUGCCCGUAACAUUUUGGAAACACAUGGACUUGAUGCAAGUCAUUGCACACCCUCGGGACCUCGAGGAAUUUUCACAAAAGAGGAUGCCCUUAAGCUUUUAGAGCAGAAGCAAAAGCCUGUGGAAGCAAAACCCAUGGUUUCUUCAGUCCCCCUACGCCAAGCUGGAAUGCCUUUGUCUACACCAUCAGCAAGUGUGCCCAUUAGUGCUUCACGUCCUCCAGUUACCCCUGUCUCUGUUCCUGGCCGGCCAGCUUCCAUGAACCCGUUCACUGAAAUCCCUGCUAGCGACACAAGAAGAGUUAUUGCUAAGAAACUAACAGAAUCAAAGACCACGGUACCUCAUGCAUAUGCAUCGGCUGACUGUGACCUUGGUGCUAUAUUAAAUCUAACACAAGAGCUGGCAAAAGAUGAUGUUAAAGUAUCUAUAAAUGAUUUUAUUAUCAAAGCAACUGCAUUGACCCUGAAACAAAUGCCAGAUGUGAACGUGACCUGGAAUGGAGAAGGCCCCCAGCAGCUGCAAUCGAUAGACAUUUCUAUAGUUACGGCAACAGACCAAGGUUUUAUUACACCUAUCAUAAAGGAUGCUGCAUCCAAGGGAAUUCAGGAAAUUGCUGCUUCUGCAGAGGCUUUAGCAAAGAAAGCAAGAGAGGGGAAGUUACUUCCCGAAGAAUACCAAGGAGGAUCUUUGAGCAUAUCAAAUCUUGGAAAGUUCGGUAUCAACAGUUUUAUUGGUCUGGUAAUGCCUCCUCAAGCCUGCAUCUUAGCGGUGGGAGGAUCUCGGACAGAACUCACUGUUGUAGAGGAUGAAGAUGGGAAUGAGAAGCUUCAACAACACCAGCUCCUAACGAUAACCCUGUCAAGUGAUGGUCGAGUGAUAGAUGAUGAACUAGCUUCUAAAUUUUUAGACACACUCAAGGCAAACUUGGAGAAUCCAGGCCGUCUUGCUUUGUAUUAAAAGAUCAAGAUUUCUUCCUGUGUUUGGCAAAAUAUUUAAACUGAAUUCCGAAAGAAGAUAAAAGGCAACUAGACACAGAAGCUAGGAAAAUAUGUAUAGUGUGACAUGGACAACUUAAACUGCUUAUUUAUUUAAAUAAACUUUAAAAGAUGUUUAAUGA